AUGAAUCAAACUGUUUCUAAUCUCCUCCAAAGUUGCAAAACCCAAAAGAGUUUAAAAUCAAUCCACGCUCACUUAUUAGUAUGCGGAUCCAUUGCCUUAUCAGAUCUUGCUCUGAACAAAUUCAUUCGUCUUUAUUCACGCUUUGGUGCGACGGAUUAUGCUCGCAAGCUGUUCGAUGAAAUUACUGAACCAAACCCUUUUCUUUGGACUUCAAUGAUUCAUGGGUAUGUUGAAAAUUCUCAGCACAUUGAAGCUUUUUCUCUCUUCCGUGAUAUGCGUGACCGAGAUGUUGUGCCAUUGAAUUUCACUAUAUCGUCCAUACUCAAGGCGUUAGGACGGCUGAAAUGGUUGAGAUAUGGUGAGGGGAUGUUUGGGCUUAUCUGGAAAUGUGGGUGUGGCUUUGAUCUGCUGGUGCAAAAUGCUUUAAUUGACUGCUUUAUGAGAUGUGGGGAAGUUGAUUGUGCAAGACGACUAUUUGAUGGGAUGGAGGAAAAGGAUAUUAUUUCUUGGAACUCGAUGGUAUCAGGGUAUGUGAGUAAUGACAGAGUCGAAAUUGCCCGAGAGUUGUUUGAUGGCAUGGUUGAGAAAAAUGUGGUGUCUUGGACUAGUUUGGUAUGUGGCUAUGUUAGGAAGGGAGAUAUGGUAGAGGCAAGGAAUCUUUUUGAGGCUAUGCCUAGUAAGGAUUUGGCUGCUUGGAAUGUGAUGAUUUCAGGGUACGUGGAUAUUGGUGAUGUGCAGGCCGCGAGUUUUCUGUUUCAGGCCAUGCCUAUUCGUGAAACUGGAACAUGGAAUUUGAUGAUAUCAGGGUAUUGUAAGGUAGGCGAGCUAGAAAGAGCAAGGCACUACUUUGAACAAAUGCCCUGUAGGAAUGCGGCGUCAUGGACUAUGAUGAUAGAUGGCUAUGUUAAGUCUGGGAACUUGCAUGAAGCAAGGAGUUUAUUUGAUGAAAUGCCGGAGAGAAAUAUUAUUACAUGGUCUACCAUGAUCGGUGGCUAUGCUAAGCAUGGGAAGCCUUCUGCUGCUUUGGAAUUGUUCAAAAGCUUCAAAACGCAGAGUCUUGAGAUGGAUGGUACUUUUAUUUUGAGUAUUAUCUCAGCUUGCUCUCAAUUAGGGAUUGUAGAUGCAGCUGAGUCAAUUAUGAACAAUGAUGUGGAAUCCAGAUAUUUUUCUGAUACACGUGUUGUUAACAGUUUAAUAGACCUGUAUGCAAAAUGUGGAAAUAUUGAGAAAGCCUCGCAAGUGUUUGAAGUGGCAGAUAUGAAAGAUCUACAUUGUUAUAGUACAAUGAUUGCUGCAUUUGCUAAUCAUGGCUUAGUUGAAAAAGCAGUACAUUUGUUUGAGGAUAUGCAAAGAGAGAACAUAGAGCCUGAUGAAGUAAUUUUCCUCGGAGUUUUGAGUGCUUGCAACCAUGGAGGACUUAUUAAUGAAGGGAGGCGGUACUUCAAACAAAUGACUGAAGAAUUCAAAAUUCAGCCCACAGAGAAACAUUAUGCAUGCAUGGUUGAUAUCCUAGGUCGCGGUGGGUUCCUUGAGGAUGCCCAUGAGAUGAUAUUGAGCAUGCAUAUGGCGCCCACAUCGGCUGUUUGGGGUGCAAUGCUCGCAGCUUGCAAUGUUCACCGCAAUGUCCAGAUGGCUGAAAUUGCAGCGUCUGAGUUAUUCAAGAUAGAACCUGAAAAUUCCGGAAAUUACAUUCUCUUGUCCAACAUUUAUGCUGAUGCGGGGAGAUGGUGCGAUGUAGCUAGAGUAAGGGCAAUGAUUAGAGAGCAUCACAUCAGAAAAAACCGGGGAUCUAGUUGGAUUGAGUUGGAUUCUGCUGUGCAUGAGUUUGUAAUGGGAGAUGUGUCCCAUGUGGCUGCAGACAGGAUAUACUUCAUGCUGAGUCUGAUGAAUGAAGAUAUGAAGCUUUCAGGAUAUACCAAAGAUAAAGAUCGGAAUCCAAUUUCUACUUUGUACCCCUCAUUUCUAUCUCUUACAAGUGAUAUUGAAAUUGAUGAGCAACUGUUUUGA